ACAAGAUGACCGAUGCCCGGUGUGAUGAAGACGACACUGCAAUAAUCAAAGCAAAUUAUCAAAAGAAUAAGAUAAGUGUUACAUAAAUGAUUAUUUUUUUCAAUCAACAGCAAACUCGACAUUAAACAGUCGUUAGUGUCUACCUGAAUUGCCCAGCAGAACAAUUAAAUCUGGAAAACAAAUUCGAACUGCAGGAUGGUGACACUGACAGUUAGAAUGAAGACUGCACAGGCAGUGCGCCUGCUGGUGCGGCCCGCUAUUCAAGCGAGGUUUGCGUCAACCAUUGAAUCUAACUUCUUUUUUAGACAGCUAUUCGACACAGCAUCCAGCACGUACACCUACAUCCUGGGCGACAACAGCACGCGCGAAGCUAUCCUCAUAGACCCAGUCAUCGAACACGCAGAGAGAGAUGCCACCUUACUGACGGAGCUUGGGUACAAGCUUGUGUAUGCCAUGAACACACACAUGCAUGCUGACCACGUCACAGGCACGGGGAAGCUCAAAUCACUCCUACCGGGCACCAAAAGUGUGAUCGGAGCCAACUCGGGUGCCCAAGCAGAUGUUCAUCUAAACGACGGAGCGACGGUUAGCGUUGGAUCGAUUAAGUUGCUCGCUGUGGCCACGCCGGGGCAUACGAAUGGUUGCCUGACUUACAUAUGCCACGAUCAGGCGAUGGCCUUCACCGGCGACACGCUCCUCAUCCGCGGCUGCGGUCGAACAGACUUCCAAGAAGGCUCAUCUGAAUCCCUAUACAACUCCAUCCAUACUAAAAUCUUCACCCUUCCCGAACAUUACACUCUCUACCCAGCUCAUGAUUAUAAAGGACAGACGGCAACGACCGUUGGGGAAGAGAAAAAGUACAAUCCUAGACUUACGAAGAAUUUAAAGGAGUUUAUUAAGAUCAUGGAUAAUUUGAAUCUGCCGUAUCCUAAGAUGAUUGAUAAAGCUCUUCCUGCGAACAGAGUAUGCGGUAUCUACUGAAAAGUGUGUUAAUAUAUAAAAUAUCCUAUCGAGAAUUACCUAUGAGUAGAGAUGUAGUGCAUUAUUGUUUUCCAUAGUAUUUUCUCGGGAACAUUCGUAUUUGUCAUGCUACUUCA